GGCGUUUAUUAGAUUGGUUGGUUUACAAGGGAAUUGCGCAUAUAAAUAAGGAUUUACAACAGAUGGCGUGUGAUGCCGUUUGACUCGCUCCAAACACAGGAUGCUUUAACAACAGGAAAAUAAACCAUGUCGAGCAGGAACACAAUGUCAUCUAAGGGACAGGAGUCGCCGGAAUCCUUCUACACCUAUGAUUUCUGUGACCCAACCCAUCCCACGGAGGUUCUAGAAGCCCUCGGACAAUACUACACAGAAGCCUUGUUCACUGACAUAGCUCUACAGUGCUCUACAGGGGAGCUCUUCCACUGCCAUAAAGUGGCUCUAUGCUCCCGUAGUUCCUACUUCAGAGCCAUGUUCACAGCCGAUAUGAGAGAGAGGUCCCACAGUGUCAUCAGACUAGCUGGGGUAGAUGUGGAGGUGCUGACGACUCUGGUGGACUAUGUGUACACCUCCAAGGCCUCCAUUACCCAGUGGAAUGUAGAGUCUCUGCUGGAGGCUGCAGACCUGCUGCAGUUCGGAGCCGUGAAAACGGCCUGUGAGAACUUCCUGGUUCGUCUCCUCGACGUCGACAACUGUCUGGGCAUGCUCCGUUUCGCCCAGCUCCAUGUGUGUCUGUCCCUGGAGAAGGAGGCACGCAGGGUGCUGCUCUGCCACUUCCACGAGGUGGUGAGAGAGGAGGAGUUCCAGGAGCUGGGGGUGGAGAAGGUGAGGAGCCUCCUGCAGGAGGAGAACCUGGCGGAGGUGUUGAAAGAGGCGGUGCUGGUGGAGGGGGUGGUGAGGUGGCUGGCCCACGAUACUCUUGCCCGCAGGGGACACUUCCAGGAGCUUCUUCACUCCGCCCACUUAGACCUGAAGGAAGAGUACCUCAGGACUGCCUUAGAGAUUCAUAGAGAGUGUCUGGAGACUGACACUGAAGACAUCCACUCUCUAUUUGUCCAAGCUCUGAAGACUGCUUUUAAUAUCAAUAAAAGCCCUUCGGAACACUGCAGAAGGGGCAGGAGACUGACCUCCAGGAUGUUUGUGAUAGGAGGGUACCACUGGCACCCUCUGUCUGAGGUCCAGACCUGGGACCCAGUCACGGACCAGUGGCAGCAGGGGGAGGAUAUGCCAGACCACACCAGGGAGAGUUAUGGAGUUACCCUGCUGGGCUCCAACAUCUAUAUUAGCGGCGGCUACAGGACAGACACUACAGAGGCUCUAGAUACAGUGUGGGUUUACAGCAGUGAUACUGAUAAAUGGACACAGGGGCAGCCCAUGCUGACAGCGAGGUACUACCACUGUUCUGUGGGUCUGCAUGGGUGUGUCUACGUCAUAGGAGGGUACAGAGGAGGGGCGCCCAUGGGGGAAACGGAAUUCUAUGACCCCUUGAAAAGGAAGUGGAUUCCCGUAGCUAAUAUGGUACAAGGCGUGGGGAACGCUACGGCCUGUGUUCUGAGAGACACAAUAUAUGUGGCAGGUGGUCACUAUGGUUACAAGGGAAGCUGCACCUAUGAUAAGAUUCAGACCUACAGGGCAGACGUCAAUGAAUGGAGUAUAACAACGACCUGUCCUCAUCCAGAGUACGGCCUGUGCCUGGUGUCACUGCACCCCAAGCUGUACCUGGUGGGUGGCCAGACCACCAUCACAGACUGUUACGAACCGGACAGAGAUGAGUGGAGCCAGCUGGCCAGGACCAAGGAGAGGAGGAUGGAGUGUGGCGCCGUGGCCAUGAACGGGUCCCUGUACGUCACCGGGGGCUACUCCUACUCCAAGGGCACCUACCUGCAGAGUGUGGAGAGGUACGACCCCGAACAGGACACCUGGGAGAUCGUGGGGAAUUUACCUGGAGCGGCGCGGUCCCAUGGAUGUGUCUGUGUUUACAGUGUUUAGUAAAAUGCAUGUACACAGAAAACAAGUGUGCAAUAAAAAUCAAAAACCAAAGAACAGAAUUUUUCUCACAAUGUCGAGGUGUGAGACAAGGCUGCAAUUUGAGUCCAAAUCUUUUCAACAUUUAUAUCAAUGAAUUAGCAGACAUGUUGGACCAAUCUCCAGCCCCAGGACUCACACUAUUUGACACAGAGGUGAAA